CGUCUGUUUUCAUGACUUCGGUAUUUUUGCCACUUCAGGACUUCAAUUUCUACUAUUUUCGUGGCUCUGGGUCUUUUCGCCUCUUCAGGACUUCAAGUUCCUGUAUCCAGCAGGUGUCCCAUUUUGGAUUUGAAAUUCCAUCAAAGGCCCAGGUAAUUUUAUGUUGUCUGCAUCCUUCUAUAAGAACGUUUAAUGUGUCCAUUGAUUGCUCUUUUUCACUGAAUGUUUAACUUGGAAAGGAAGAGGAUGUUUGUCUGUUGAUGUCCACCACCCAUCCCCCAUUUAAGGGCAGUUUCACAACAAGGGUGGGUGUAGUGCAAACCAAUGGCGGUAGCUCCACGCAUUAUUGUAAGCAAAUAUAUACACUAAAGAAAAUCCAUUGGGUCUGGCAGGGGCUUGCUGGUUACCAAAGCUUUCUACAAACACCAUCCCUCAAGCAUCUCUUUUUACAGGUACAGGUGUUCCUGUGUAUAUAGAGGGAUUACCUGCUUCAUACAUUGCAACGGAGUCUAAGUCAUCAGAGCUGUACCUGCACGCAUACAGAACCAUGAGGUUACGUCAGCUUCGCCGACUACCAAUCCUUGGGAUAGGACUAUUAGUCCUUUUGGCUGUUAGUUUUUCCAUUCAGCUCUUGGGAACCCAUUUCAAGAAAGGGUCCUCUCAGACCUUCAAUGUAGUACACCUGCUCUCCUCAACCUCAACACAAACUUGUCAACCCAAAACUCACAUAGUGUUCCUGAAGACCCACAAGACUGCUGGUAGCACUGUACUGAAUAUGCUACACCGUUAUGGGGACAGAAACUCAUUAACAUUUGCUCUACCCCAGAUGUAUCAGUUCAACUACCCCAAUCUGUUCAUGGUUCACAAGGUGAAAGGAUAUAAUGAACUCAACAAGCCAAAAUAUGAUAUCUUGUGCCACCAUAUGCGCUUCAAUCUCCCAGAGGUCAGGAAGCUCAUGCCUGCAGACUCCUUCUACUUCACAAUUCUACGGGAUCCAGCCACCUUAGCUGAGUCUUCUUUCUCCUAUUAUCGCUCAGUGUCACCUGCCUUUAACAAAGCCCCCAACCUAAAAGCAUUUAUAGCUCACCCUUCUCACUACUACAAACCAGGGGAGAGAGGAAACCAAUUUGCACGCAACUUGCAGUGGUUUGAUCUGGGAUUUAACCCUGACACCCCAUUCAUAGAACCUCUGGCUAGAUUAGCAGUCAGGGACAUAGAGAGGGCUUUCCAUCUGGUCCUUCUCUCUGAGUACUUUGAUGAAUCGAUGGUCCUUCUGAAGGAAGAACUGUGCUGGGGUCUUGAUGACGUGGUGACCUUUAAACUCAACACCCGUGAGACUUCUACACCACUGGAAAAAAAACAGAAAGAGUUGUUACGGGCCUGGAAUACCUUAGAUAUGUAUCUUUAUGUGUACUUCAACCGUACCUUCUGGGAGAAAGUAGACAGAUUUGGGAGAGAGAAGAUGGACAUUGACGUUCUGAGGUUGAGAGAAAGAAGACAACAGCUAGCCGAGAUAUGUCUUGAAGGGCAAAAUCCCAUAAGAGCAGAUCAAAUCAAAGAAAAGGGUAUGAAGCCAUACCAACCUGGAAAGCAGAAGAUCUUGGGGUGGGUGGUGAAAAGCGAUCUUGAGCCCAACACCAGGGCAUGGUGUAUUCAAAUGAUAACUCCAGAGCUGCAAUACAAGGACAUUUUGGAUGCAAAGCAGUUUCCAGGAAGUGUAAGAAACAGGUCUAAGUCAGUGGGGACCACAGUGAAGCUUCCAGGGUCUUAGAAGGUUCCUAAAUUAAAAUACAGAACUGACAUUGUUGUGGGUAUUAGGAAUAAAGGUAAUUAUUGUUGAGUUUAUUAGACAUCAGACCCAUAAGACUUAUACAAGGAUGCUUCAAAACUACUGUCCUCUAAACUGUAAUCCUUAUACCUUAUAUGAUACAUCUUCAGUAAAGUAGGGACUGUGGGAGAGAAAGGAUUGCUCCCCAUACCCCAAGGAAUGGAACUUCCCUCACAUGUGAUAAUCAGUGCCCAGGUGGCAGUUCCAUUGAGUAAGUGGAAGGCUAAAAAGUCAUUAAUACUGCCAAUGCCCCUCACAUCAGCAGCUACUGGUACAUCAUUCAAGAGGGGGGGUGUAUAGGGAUAUCAAUGGACUGCCCACAUGAUUGUCUAAUGUCAGCAGGUGUCACUAGACACACUAUGGUCUUCUACAGCCUGGGAACCCUUGUCAUUACCAUACAUGAUAUUAGCUAAUCGAAGCAAUGAUAUUAUAUCCCUCCUGUUAAGCAGUACUGUGGUUAAUCACAUAGGAACAAUCUGAGAACCUUCACUGUUGUGGGUAAGAGCAAUUAGGUCCAUAAUGAUGCUCAGUGCUUCCACCUAAUGGGGUACUGGUGAAUAACAGCAGAAGAUUCCAAUAGGAAUAAACUGAAACCAAUUACUGUAUAUGUAUGUAGGUAUGUAUAUUUUUAUUUGUAUAGCGCUCCUUGAGGGCAAAGCACUGUAC